UGGAUGUUCAAUGUUGUUUUGAAUCCAUUGAUCAAAAACGAGUUUUGGAAAUAGUUAAAGAUAUAUUAAAAGAAAGUUAUUAUGCAAUUCAUAAAUAUGAUGUAGUUUGCCAGAAGGGCAGUACAAUCUAUUCGUUUUAUAAAUAUUAUGCCGACUCAACAGACGAUUUUCCUAAUUUUCCAAUCUUUGUAAGAGAAUCGGCACAAAAGAUACCAAAUUCGGUUUUUAUUGACCACAUUAAAGAAUCAUAUUUAGAUAGAGAGGUUAUACUUGAUCUCUUAGAAAAGCAUAUCAAGUUUGUAUUGACACAAUUGAUAGAUUUACCAAGAGGUCCAUUUGGUAUUUCUUUAUUUGCCAUAGACCAAAAGAAAUCUCCAGCCUCUUCACAACUUCCAAAAUAA